CUACACACUAGCAUUACGUAACACACGGUGCGAUGUCAUAUACAUAUAGUUAGUGGCUAAAGACGAAUAAUAAUAUAAAAGAAAAAUUAAAAAACGACAAAACAUGGAGACUUACGUUGAUGCGGUUGGUGUGGACACAGCAGCCACGACAACGACGGAGAUGGCGGCGAAGCAUAACAAGAAGAAGUUGAAGGUUAUGGUUGCGAUAGAUGAAAGCAAGAAUAGCUUCUAUGCGUUGGAAUGGGCAGUGGAACAUCUCAAAGAUGUUAUGAGCGCCGAACCGGAAACCGAUCAAGAAGGCGGUUUACUUACGUUGGUCCAUGUUAAUCCUUCUGGUGCAACCGCUUCGGCGACAGAUUCAGUUCCUGAAUUAAUGAAGAAAGCAGGAGUACAGAGCACCAAUUUGUUCACACCGGCGUUGGAGUUGUGUCGUGCCAAAAUGGUCGGUGAUCUCAGAACAUGUGUGAAGACUGAAACGAUGAUAUUGGAAGGAGAUCCAAAGGAGAUGAUCUGCCAAGCGGUCGAGCAAAAUCACGUGGAUCUUCUUGUUGUUGGUAGCCGAGGACUUGGCAUGAUCAAAAGGGCCUUUAUAGGGAGUGUGAGUGAUUACUGUGUUCAACAUGCGCAAUGCCCUGUUCUCAUUGUGCGACCACCUAAAGAAACCUCGACUAGUAAGUAGUAGUACAAUACCAAUGAACGUACGGGCAAGUGAGGAAACCACCAUAUUUGCGACUAGUUACUUUUUUUUUAUUUUGUGGGGAUGUGACGAAUAUUUUCUAUUUUAUCCAGUUUGUAUGAACAAAAAUAAAAAUGCGUCAGGUACACUUUCCUUUUC